AUGGCUUCAUUAAUGGAUAUUGUAAUUCCGAGGCUGGACUUUCUCUGGUCCACGAAAUUUUGGGCCAUUUUCCACAUAAUUAUCUGGUAUGGUUGCUUUUCCCGGGCGCAGCGUGCCUCUCUCGUCGGCACCCCACAGCCUUCUUUCCGUUUGUCGGUAUCGAGACGGCUAACGGCUUAUCAUAGGCUUCAUCGCUACGUGGCUGAAACUCUGCAAAUGUCUAAUGUUGGUUCUUCGGUCGAAAUCGAUGUACUGCACGUGGACAAGGCGAACAAACGUCUGCAGGUGUGUAAGGCGCUCGAAGACGAUCACGUCAAGACUUCCAUUACAGUCAUGGCCGACGACGACGUGGAGUGGCCGUCCACCUUGAUGCCAUGGCUCCUCGCGCCAUUUGACAACGACGACAAGAUGGGUGGCGUGGGCACCUGUCAGAGGGUGAAACGCGUGGUCGACGGCGAUUUCAUGACACGCAUCUUCAACUGGCUCGGAGCUGCCUACAUCGAGCGACGGAACUUCGAGAUCUCGGCCACGCAUAAUAUCGACGGCGGAACGUCCUGCAUGUCUGGGCGCACCGGAGCCUACAGAACGGAGAUUCUCAAGAGCUACAGUUUCUUGGGCAGCUUCAAAAAUGAGAAGUGGGGAAGGUAUAUCCUCAAUGCCGAUGACGACAACUUUGUCACUCGCUGGCUGGUUGCUCACCAGUGGAAAACCUGGAUUCAGUACCACCCCGACUGCGAGAUCGAAACGACGCUCGAGAACAGCCCCAAGUUCCUCUACCAGUGCUCUCGCUGGGCCAGAAGUAACUGGAGGAGUAACUGGACCAGCUUGGUGCACGAGAAAUACGUGCUUACUCAGCAGCCGUGGUGCACCUACGCCCUGCACAUUGCGACCUUUACUUCGCUGGCAUUCCUGGUCGAUCCUCUCUUACUUUUCUCGUGCUGGUGGGGCACCGAGAGCUGGGAGCUCAGGAAUCGCUACAUCCUGCUUGGAGCGGAAAUUGCGUUCAUGUUUGGUUUUACCAAAGUGGUAAAAUUGGUCGGCUUGUUCCGCAAGAACCCGAGUGAUAUUAUGUUCCUGCCGGUCUCCAUCGUGUUCGGCUAUUUUCACGGCUUGAUCAAGCUGUGGGCGCUCUGCACUCUCAAACAGACAUCUUGGGGAAGCCGCGAGGACGGUGACGAGCAUAACACCUUCCGUCUGCAGGAGAAGCCUCCUCGCAGCCAGAGCAUGUCAACGCCAUAUGGACCCGACUUGCCAAAAGCGAUGUGGCACUCUCGAUUUUCACAAAACCGCCGCGUCGCCAUUUCGUCUCAAAAGGGCGAUCUUAUUGGGUGCACUGUUACGGCGGAAGUUCCCUUCCCAAAAGCCGCAAAAGCUCCAAUGCGCUAA